AGCUUUGUUUUUGUUUCUUGUACUCGAGAAAUGUCAAAACGCACGCUUUGGUAUUUUGUCCCGAAUGCUUUUCCGUCGUAUGCCGUAAAACAACCUCAACUGUCGCAAAUCCGGUCUAGCAGCAGAGGUCACAACAAACCACUCAGCAUGGGAGGUGACCACGGCCACGGCAAGAUGUCCAUGCCAGACUGGCAGCAGUGGAAGACGGCGGGGACACCACUGGAGACAACACAACAGAGGCUGGCAGCCAGGGGCCUCAAGGACCCCUGGGCACGGAACGAGGCGUGGAGAUACUCGGGUGGCUUCGCUCGUCCUGUCACUUUCUCCGAGGUGCUGCUGAGAGGCUUCAAGUGGGGCUUUGCUGCUUUUACUGUUGCUCUGGCCGUAGAGUACGCCAUGUUCCCACCCAAGAAGGGUGGCCAUCAUUAAUGUUAAUCACUGUCCCUCAAUGCCAGACUAUAACGGAGUCUAAUAAUAUUCUGUAUUUUCUGUUCAUUAAAUGUAUUUUUUUUUUCUGAUCA